AUGUCGGUUUACGGAUUUCACCCAAUUGACGGACUUUUGGAAUAUUAUAAUUUCUCCUACUCUUUCAAUGUUCUUACUGUAUUCACUGUAAUCACUUCGGCCUAUAGCAUUUUCUCAUUUGGAAUCACACUGAAAAUGUGUCAUUUUUAUAUCAAAAAUCGAAAUGGAACUGUGAUGAAAAACGGAUUGAGACCCGAUGUAUUCCGAUUAUUCCUUCUCAUGCAAUUGUGGAAUGAUUUUCACGUUUUCUUGGAUUUCCUUGUGGUUCGCAUCCCACUAACUUCAAUUUUCACAUCAUAUUGUGCCGAGUCGAAACCGGAACUUCUUCUGAAAAUCCUUUCUCUUUUAUUCACCGGAUGUGUUUAUUCUUCUCAUCUUUUAACACUAGCAUUUUGUGUACAGAGAGUUUUGCUCCUGUAUUCUAUUGAAUACCAGAAAGAGAUAAUAUCCAAAACAUUUGAUAUAAUCUCUCCUCUACUUAUAAUCAUCGGCCAAAGCCUAGGAAUCCCACACUUUCUUGCUACAAGUUCUUGUUUCCAAAUGGGAGAACCUUUUCCGUUUGGUUCUAUCGUUAUCACUGCAAGUAGACGAGAUAUGCCAACGUAUGCUAUAAUCUACGUAGUUUGUACAAAUGUGAUGAUUAUUCUGAUCAUUGCAACUACGGCUUUGAUGUUUGCGAAACUUCAGCAAAAAAGAAAAAUGAGCUCGGAGCUUCACCAAAAAUACAAUUCAAAAGCUGAAAAAACUCUAACGGCUACAAUGGUUCUCAUCCUUUUACCAGUUGUCAUGCCAGCAAUUCUCUCGAUCGUUGAUAUUUUCGCAUACUUCCUAUACCCCUAUCUAUUUCUGUUUCGAUGUAUAUGUUUGGAUGCUCGAGCUCAUAUGCAAAUCUGGAACAGUGCCAAUAUAGUUUUCGAUUUUCUCUUGGUACGAAUACCAUCUACAACCCUGGUCACUUCAUUUUGUACCUCAUUGCGACCUGGUAAUUUUGCUCCAUUUUUUGUUGCCGGUCUCUAUUUCACUUUCUAUUUAUCUCAAAUGUUCACAGUCCUAUUCUGUUUCAUGAGAGUUCUGAUUCUAUUCAGUCCAAGAAAUCACAACCAGUUGUGUACGAUGUCUUUCUUGUUUUGGUCUCCUGCCGCCUACGUCCUCAGUUCAGUGACGUCAUUUUCUCAUGUUGUUAGUGAUUUGGUAUGUCUGCAAUUUGAUGUUCCUUAUCAAGACGGAGCCAUCGCUAUAUCAUCUACUUUCACAUUUGGGAAUAAAGCCCUCAAUUUAGCACACUUGAUAUUUUCAACAACUAUAGUACUUGGAAUCGUGACUAGUACAGUGACAAUGUUAACAAAACUGCGGCAUAGGAAGUUGAUGAGUACAACAUCUCGACCGUUCCAUCGAUCAAAAGCAGAAGCUACACUGACCAUCACAAUGUUUAUAAUUAUGAUUCCAGAUUUUUUCGCUCAAAUUCUGUCGAUAGGAAGUCUGACUGGUUGGUCAUACUACUCUUACAUCCUCGUCGCUCGCCCGAUCCUCUUUGAUUCUCGUGUGAACAUCGUCUCCUGUUACUUCUACUUGACUCAUCCAAUUUUCAAACAAGAACCGAACUCUACUGUAACUGUUCGAUCAUUGAAUACUACUACAUACUGA